GAGAGAUCUGAGGGAGUUCUGGGACUCGUAUCGGUUUGUAGGGUCGUGUCUCGGGUGCCAGCGAGGUACCUUCUCCUUGUGUCUGGCCUGACUGGCCUCGGGCACACAGUUCUGUAUGGACCAGAACCUAUAGAGAUGGGCCCUGCUCGAACUGGUUAUUUCUGCUGAGCAGCAGUGGCAGAGUUGUCCCAUCGCUGGCGCCUGCCCCACUCGCUUGGAGACAGUAAGAGAGGAGCCCGCCCUGCAGGGAGAAUGAAAAGGUCAAAGAAAGGAACUGACUCAGCCAUGGGGGGGAAGAACAAAAUCCCCUUGAGUGAGAGAAUCCUCAACGUCACACUGGAGAUUGUCUAUGUGCUGACAGGAGAGGACUAUGUUGUGAGCAAGCGUUCCAGUGCCAGGGUCGUACAGAGCUGCAGUGACUGUUUGUUGGACGGAUUCUGCCAGCGCCACAUUCCAACCGUGUCCCAUUCCUCCCGCUCCGUCUUACAGAAGGAAAAUGCACGAAAGGUCCUGGAACUCAUCUCCAACAUCUUCCACAUGCUGACUGAGGAGGUUGCCAUAAGGCACGAGGAAGCGGGCAACUACUUCUCCUCAGAGGAAUGGGACUAUUUAAGAGGAAACCACGUCUUUUACACAGAAGUAAUUAAGGAGAAUCCCCAGCAGCAGCCACUCCGCUCACCAGAUGAUGGAAAAGAAGAGACAAGCAGUAUUAGAUCUUGUAUGGAUGCAAAGGUAAUUUCUAACAAUAAAGCACACAAGAGAUGGAGCCAUACCAUGAGGGAAGAAGGAAAUCCUAUGGAUAAUCCUGCUGUGCAUGACCCAGACAGCCCUUUAUCUAAAUAUCCAAUGGCAUCAUGGGAAGGUGAGCAUUUGGCGUCCAGCACUGAUCCCCUUACAGGUCAGACACAGGGAAGGGAAGCGUCGCCACACAUCAGGUGGUGCAGCCAGAAUAACUGCUCUAUAUAUUAUAAAUCACUUGGCAGUAAAGAGACCUAUUCUUCAUGGGAAGAAGGAGAAAGUGCUAAGUGCUCCGUUAAACCACAUACAAAUCAGAUACAAGGGACAUCUAGUCCAGUCUUGGCAUCCAAACUACAUAAGGGCUCCAUUAAAAAGGAGUCGCCUUCAUGGGUCCAAGAAGAAUGUUCCAACUGCAGAAGUAACGCACUACCAGAACCACUACUAGAAUCUAAUACACCCAUUCUUCGUAAUAGGUCAUUAUCCAGUUAUAUUUCCAGUGGGAUUAAAGAGGAGUCUUCCUCAUGGGAUAGUUUGAGUUACACAAGCAAUCCAGCCACAGAAGCAGUGCAGAAAGCUGAUACGCCUCCUCCCAUUGGGGCCACCUUUCGUAAGAGGCCAUUACCCAGUUAUUUCUACAGUGAGAUUAAAGAGGAGAUGACUUCAUGGCAAGGAGUAGAGUGCUCAGAAUUAGCUACAGAACUAAUCCAAGUAACAGAUAUACCUGCCCCAAACAUCAGCCCCACUAAUAAUUCACCAACCAAUUAUAAAUCCAAUGUUAUUAAAAAGGCAUUGGCUUCUUGCGUAGAUGGACCUUUGAAUUACAGUUCCAGUACUGAUCCAAUAGAGGUAACGGAUACAUCUGCUCAUAUCAUUGGGUAUUCAAUCAAUAACAGGCUGGAGUGCAGUGAAUAUGCCACAGACUUGCCUUACAGAUCCAAUUGUGUCCAGUUAACUGCCCCAGCCAUACAGACAAUAUAUAACUAUGCUGAUAAACCUUCUCCUAGUGAUAGGGAAAUUGUCCGGAAUAAGAGGACUCCCAAGGGAAAGAAAAAGUUUGCUUGUUUGGAAUGUGGCAAAUGUUUCACCAGGAACACGACUCUUCUCAGCCACCAGAAGUGCCACACGGAAGGGAAGCAGCUAAUCUGUCCUGAAUGUGGCCUCUGUUUCCCUCACUACUCCGGUCUCAUCAGUCACCAGAAAAGCCACAGCGGGGGCAAGGCAUUCGCUUGUUCUGAAUGUGGCCUGUGUUUUACCAGGUACUCGAGUCUUGUUAGCCAUCAGAAGAAUCAUCCCAGAGAGAAACCAUUUACCUGCUCUGAAUGUGGGAAACGCUUUUCCAGGAACUCCAACCUUGUGAGACACAAGCGAAUGCACACAGGGGAGAAGCCAUAUUCUUGCCCCGAGUGUGGCAAGUGUUUCACUAGGAACGCAGCUCUUAUCAAGCACAUGACGGCUCAUGCGCUGGGAAAACUAUUUGCAUGUUCCCAAUGUGGAUUGUGUUUCACUAGGAGCGCAAGUCUUGUUAGCCACCAGAAAACCCAUGCAGGGAGUGAGCCGUACACUUGCUCUGAAUGUGACAAGUAUUUCACUAAUGAUACUGAUCUGGAACGGCACCAGGACAUUCACGCCGGGGACAAAAUCUUCUCUUGCUUUGAAUGUGGCCAGAACUUUACCCAUCACUUGAACUUUGCUGAACAUCUCAGGAGCCACACAGGGGACCAUGCUUUCUUCUAGGUUGGACCCUACAUGUGAAUGACCCCCACUCUGCCCUUUCUCUUGUCCAAUCCCUCGUGGCAAAAUGUAUUUGAUGCUUUCCUGCCAAUAGAGUGAGUAUGUUAGAGUUCUGUAUUGUUAUGGUCGCUUGCCAGUAGUAUUUAAUGAUACAUGAAUAGUUACAGUCCUACAGCUUAGUGAAAUACAGUUAUUUCCGAUGUUUCAUUAUGUAUUAAACCUCUAUUUGAGAAAA